AUGAGAUUUACACCAUUCUGUGCUGCAUUGGCAUUGUUCAACCUCGUGGCGCCGUUAAAAUUUGACAACUCCGAGGAGCUCAAAAGGUCGUUAUCUAAAGUCAAAAAUCGGGGGUUGGUUAAUAGAUUUGAAUUCAAUCCAGAUAAACUCCCCGACGUCUUUUUUGAACAAAAAGACAAGAAUAAACCUGAUAAAGAUUGUCCCCCGUGCUUCAAUUGCAAUUUACCAAACUUUGAGUGCACCCAAUUUUCCCAAUGCAACACAUUCACAGGUAUGUGCGAGUGCCAGCCAGGAUAUGGGGGCUUGGACUGUUCUGAACCAUUAUGUGGGUCCCUCGCUGAUGGAAACAACAAAAGGCCGACUAGGAAGAAGGGUGUUUGUGAUUGCAAGCCGGGUUGGUCAGGCAUCAAUUGCAAUUUAUGUGAGCGCGACGAUGUUUGUGAUUCUUUUAUGCCAGAGGGAGUUAAGGGAACAUGUUAUAAGGAAGGGAUUAUUGUCAACAAUUUUCACCAAAUGUGCAAUGUCACCAAUGAAAAAAUUUUGGCUAUACUAAAGGGAAAGAUUCCACAGGCGACAUUCGCAUGCAACAAGACGUCAGAAAAUUGUAAUUUCCAAUUCUGGAUUGAUCAAAAAGAAUCAUUUUACUGUGACUUGAAUAAAUGUGAAUUGGACUAUGAUUUAGCUCAAAACACUACGCACUACAAUUGUGAAAAAGUGGCUUGUAAAUGCUUACCAGACAGAAUGUUGUGUGGUGAGGCAGGAUCAAUUGACAUUUCUGAAUUCUUGACCGAAACUAUAAAAGGUCCCGGCGAUUUCACAUGUGAUGUGGCUAAGAAAACAUGUAGAUUCUCGGAGCCAAGCAUGAAUGAUCUUAUACAAAGUGUGUUUGGAGACCCUUAUAUUACGUUGCAAUGUAAGUCUGGUGAAUGUGUUCAUAAAAGUGAGAUUCCAGGAUACAGCCAGCCUGAUAGCCCCAAGCUUACCUUGGGUAACAUUUUCCUGAUAAUUGGCGUCUUGUUGGUGUGUCUUUUAUUUGCUGUUACAAUUGUGAGGAAUAUUAACGAAUCGGCUUUAUUCAGAAAGAGCGAUGGUUAUGAACCACUUGCGGCCGAUUCGACUAUCAUGAUGAACCAAAACUUUGAGCCAACGUCCCUUUCCUUUGAAAAUAUUAGUUAUACUGUUGGUGAAAAGGACGACACGCGGGUUUUAAACAACAUUUUUGGUUUGGUAAAACCAAGAGAGUGUUUGGCUAUAAUGGGUGGGUCCGGUGCUGGUAAAACCACUUUGUUAGAUAUUCUUGCUGGAAAGAAUAAAGAUGGUAAAAUUUCAGGCAACAUAUACGUCAAUGGCAACGUCAUUGAUCUCAAGCAUUACAAGGAAAUUGUUGGGUUUGUAGACCAAGAAGACCAUUUGAUUCCAACAUUGACAGUUUAUGAAACUGUAUUGAACAGUGCAUUGUUGAGGCUUCCGAGAGACAUGACCUUUGAGCAAAAGCAGGCAAGAGUUUUGGAGGUGCUCAACGAAUUACGAAUUAUAGGCAUCAAGGAUCGUGUGAUUGGCUCUAGCUUCAAGAGAGGUAUUUCUGGUGGUGAAAAGCGAAGAGUCUCCAUUGCAUGUGAGCUAGUUACAUCGCCAUCCAUUUUGUUUUUGGAUGAGCCCACUUCUGGUUUAGAUUCGUAUAAUGCGAGAAACGUUGUUGAUUGCUUGGUCAAGCUUUCCAGAGAUUAUGAUCGUACCAUCGUAUUUACAAUUCAUCAGCCAAGAAGCAACAUUGUCUCAUUGUUUGACAAAUUGAUCUUGUUAAGUGACGGUGAUUUAAUCUUCUCGGGUGACAUGAUCAAAGCAAACGACUUUUUUUCAAAGAAUGGGUAUAAAUGUCCCUUGGGAUACAACAUCGCUGAUUACUUGAUUGAUAUCACUGUUGAUCAUAACAAGAUUGUUAAAGUAUCCAAUGCUGAUUCUAGUGUAGUUGCUGCUUCUUCAUCUACUGGAUUCGACGAUGACGUUCAUUCGGAGUUUUUGAAAAACAGAAGCUCGAGUCAGGUUGAUACUACUAGGGAAUGGGAGCAUUUUGCUGUUCAUCGUGAUGAAUACAAUACUGAUGUGAUUGGCCAUCGAGUCACUUCGAGUGGUGAAGAAGAGACCCUUUUGAGGUUGAGAAAUAAACUACACUCCUUGUUUGUUGAGUCGUCUUUAGCUGGGGAACUACAAUCGGAAAUUAAUGAAGGUAAAGAGAAUCCGAAGGAGUUUGACUUAGACCGCCAUGACAUUAAAAAGGCAACCAUACUUGGCCAGAUUCUCAUCCUUUCGUCUAGAACUUUCAAAAACCUUUACAGGAACCCAAGGCUAUUAUUGGCUCACUAUGUGUUGUCCUUAUUGGUUGGUUUAUUCUGUGGAUACCUUUACUACGACGUUAAAAAUGAUAUCAGUGGAUUUCAAAAUAGAUUGGGUUUCUUCUUUUUCCUUUUAGCCUUUUUCGGAUUUAGUUCGCUUACUGGAUUGCAUUCAUUUUCCACUGAGAGGAUCAUUUUUGUUCGAGAACGGGCCAAUAAUUACUACAGUCCGUUUAGUUAUUACAUUAGCAAGAUCUUUUGCGAUAUUAUUCCGUUGAGAGUGCUUCCACCUGUUUUGUUGAUUAGCAUUGCGUAUCCACUUGUUGGCUUGACAAUGGAACACAAUGCGUUCUUGAAGUCGAUUUUGGUACUAGUAUUGUUCAAUGUUGUAGUUGCAGUGGAGAUGUUAAUUGUGGGAAUAUUAGUUAAAGAGCCAGGAACAUCUACCAUGGUAGGAGUAUUGUUAUUAUUGUUGUCAUUGUUAUUUGCUGGAUUGUUUAUCAACAGUGAGGACUUGAAUGUGCAGAUAAAGUGGUUGGAAUGGAUUUCAGUGUUCCAUUACGCUUAUGAGGCGUUAACCAUUAACGAAGUCAAAGACUUGAUAUUAAGGGAGAAAAAGUACGGCUUGUCGAUAGAAGUUCCUGGUGCUGUCAUAUUAAGCACGUUUGGAUUUAAUGUUGGAGCAUUUUGGAGAGAUGUUUCCUUCUUGGGUGGUUUAACUGCCAUCUUUUUGGGAAUGGGAUACAUCUUUUUGUAUUUCUUCACGAUUGAAAAGAGAUAA